AGGUGGCCUCAUAAAUAUGCAUGGUCUCUCCUCUGUUGUGGGAGGAAACGCGGCUUCGGCUGUAUUUAAAUGGGAAGUCUGCUCCAGCCUCUCCACCUGCGAAUGCCUGAUCGUGCCAAACACUUGGGAGAAAUUCACAUUUUUGACGUCUGCCUUAGAAAUCAUUGCAUAUCAGAAAAUGGACAGCACCAACGAAAUCAUCCUUUUUGCCAAGGAAAUGCUGAGACAGAAGCCCAGCUGGAGCAUGCUUAAGAUCUACAUGCUCGGCUCGACUCUGGCGAUGAUCGGGAUGGUCGGUGGUGUGGUGGAGAUGAUUCUCCAGCCCUUUUUAGACAAUCACAGCCCAGGGGAAGAACAAGCAAAGUUCUACAUCGAGAUGAAUAAGGAAAACAGUACGAGCAAAUCAGACUCUGCCACAGUUCAUGCCGAAGUUGAGGACAUGAUGGGAGCAGUAUCGUUUGGAGCCAAGACUAAAUAUCUGGGGACAUCUAUCCAGAGAAGCUCAGCCAACCGCUUACAUGCUUCUUAAAGAAACACUCCACACCACUUAAAAGGACAAAGAUAUACCAGUAUUGUUGGUGGUGGUGGUGGUGGUAGCCUGCAUUACCAAAUCAAGCAGCUCAUUUUUUAUUCUUUAAUUUAUUUCAGAUAUGGUUAAAUGUGUAGUUUUUCUUAGCUGGUGGCUAAAACUUAGCUGAAAUGUUACAAUAAAAACUGCAGGAUACAGUUUAGUAAUGCUGCUGGGCAGCAGGUUCCAAUGGCUGACAUGCACUGGGUGUCUAUGGAGCUCAUGAAAUGCCAUUCGUGUCAUUCAUUUUGUACUUAAAUAAACAUUUUUUCUGCUCGCAGAA